CAUGACUACACUCUCUGCUUUACAGCCUUUUGUUCUUUGCGUGUCUUAUCUCUGGGACGUUUAAUUGUAUUGAUUUUAUUACGCCGCUAGAAAAAGUUCCAGCAAGUUUCGAAUUUGAUAUAUUUUUAGGUUGUUGUGGUUAUUUGGCCGUCCACGAAAUCCCCAAUUUGUAGCCACAUUCUUUUCCACCUUGCCCCUCCUAUUUCCUCUUGUGUUUGUUGUUGCUUCCUAUUGCAUACGGCUGCAUUGGCAGCAAUACCACAAUUCGCGGGUUUUCCUUGUGGUUGUUCUAGCUUCACAUCAGAGAGGGAAAUCUGGCCUAAUUUCGAAAUUGCUAUUAAAAUGUAAUUUCUCUCUCAGCAAAAUGCAGGAGGCGUUCGUGGAUGUUAACAGCAUACCUACGCAUAUCAUAACAUGGGGCAAGUGCAUUGAGGAAUCCUUGGACAACGUGCAAGAGGUUGUUAUCUGUAUACCAGGUAAUCCUGGCCUACCUGGAUUCUAUACAGAGUUCGGAGGGACCCUGCAGCAGCAAUUGGGACUUACAGGGCGCGACUUGCCCGUGUGGGUGAUAGGUCAUGCUGGACAUUAUGAUCCACCGGAGGCGGAGGUGCCACAGCUGACUGGCAACGAGGAGCUAUUUAAUCUAAACGGUCAGGUAACGCACAAGAUUGAGUUUAUCAAGAAGUACAUACCUAGACAUGUAAAGAUACAUCUCAUUGGUCAUUCCAUUGGCGCCUGGAUGACACUGCAGCUGCUGCAGAAGAAGCAGAUACGUGAUCGAAUCAAAAAGUGUUACCUGCUCUUUCCCACUGUAGAGCGCAUGGCGGAGUCACCUAAUGGCCAGACGUUUACGAAUAUUGUCAUGCCGUUUUACUCUGUAUUUGGCAACGUGCUCUUUAAUCUGCUCAAAGCGAUGCCCAUAUGGCUACAAAGCCAAAUCUACCUUAGGAUAUUUUCGAUACCAUGCGACCACGUGAGCACAGCCCUAAAGUGUCAACCAUCUGUGGCGGAGAAGGCCGCCUUCCUGGUUGACGAUGAGAUGGCACGUGUGCGCGGCUUGCAAUGCGAACUAAUAGAGCAACAUUUGCCGCUGCUCAAAUUCUACUAUGGUGCCAAAGAUGAUUGGGUGCCAGUCGCCUAUUACGAGGAGCUUAUUCGUCUAUUUCCACAGGCAGACGCGCAGCUUGACACAAAAGGCAUCGAUCACGCCUUUGUACUAAGCUCAUCCAAGCCCAUGGCUCUAAUUGUUAGCAACAUGAUACAGCAGACGACGAAUUGAUGGCAUGCUCUGCUUAAAUUUGUUGCCUAAUAUUAAACAUUUAUAGAUCCAUUGUAAUACCAUUAGCACUUAAGGUGAACUCAAUUACAUGUUUUUUUGUACAGUUU